AUUGUGGUCCAGCAGCUAGCAGACCAGAUCCCCAUGCUGAUCCAGCACUUCCUGCUUCACAAGUCGGCACAUUUUCUCUGCCGUGAGGUGCUGGGCCUCAUGGACAAAUCCAACCUUGAUGAGUGUCUGAGUGAGAAUGAUGAGAGCAGUCGCCUCCGCAACAAGCUGCUGUCCCACCAGGAACCUUUGCUCAGGAGAAGCUCAGUUUCUUCUAAUGAGGCGUCAGGCCUCGUCCCAUAUACCUGCUGAUAGAAUAGCAGAGAUGAAGGGUUAUGGGUUUUAACUACUUGACUUUAUUCACACAAAAAAAAGAUUCUUUACGCUUUUUUUUAGUUUCAGCAUUCACCGUGGUAAAAUAGGCAAAGAAAAAAAAGGCUGUAACCGUGAAAACCUCUUUAUUGUAUGUUUCUUAUUGAAAGCAUUCGGCAUAUCUGCCGUUUGUGCAUGCAUUAGAACAAAGCUAACACUAUCUGUCUUGUUUGUUUAACAGUUGAGGACAGUUCUGAAUCAUCUGUAAUGAUUUCACUACACAAGCAGAUAGGCCAGUUAUCAGUUUGUUGCAAUAAUCCCAUUGGAAAAGAACCAUGGCCUGCACAGAGAUGUGCGGCAUAUUCUGACACAUAUAACUCCUCUGUUAGUUACUCUUCCUUGGCUUCCUAUAGCAGCCAAAAUUGAAUUCAAAUCCCUCACCCUGGUCUACAGAACACUUGCUGGAUCUGCACCUAAUUCUCCUCCUGACCACUGCGGUCCUCUGAUGCCUGCUGUGUGGAUCAUCUAUUAACGUUGAGAGAGGUCACAGUCGGGACUCUUCCUCUGUGAUUCCUCGUUGUGGAAUGAGUUACCUAAUGUUCUGCAAUCUUGUGACUCAUCUUUUCGCCUUGUAUUUAAUUAAUUAAGUGGUUAUGGUUGGUAUGUUUUUAUGUCCAAACAGCAAAGCAAACCCAGAUCCACUAGAAAAGUAUAAAAGUCACAGCACAGUAGUCUGUCACUGGUUCAAACCAAAUCCGAUCAUAUGACGUGUGUGUGCCAUGCAAUGACAAAAUAGGAUAAUAUUAUUAUUUAUCAUGCAUUUAAUUUACAAAUUACCAUAUAUUCUUGAGGUAUUGAAACAUCUAAUGUGUUGCUACUGCGUACAUGUGAAAAUGAGCCUGUUUCCAAAGUUUCCACUUUCCACUGUAUUCCAGUGCUCACGUAAUCUUACUAAAAAAGUUUUCAGUGUUGCCUCACAGUCUAUGCCAUUUAUAGAGCAAGCACCAGAAAGGGGUUUGGCAGUAGCAGACUGGUUAGAGGGCAAGGUCCAUACAAAGUAUAUCAAGAUGAAAUGAGUGUUGAGAGUGUGAGUGUUGAACUGUCUUUCACUUUGUGUUACAUUUUGAGCACAUUGAAUUAGUGAGUCUAGAAGCAAUGGACCCGGAGAAACCGAAUUCCACGGUGAAAAACAAACGGAAAUUAAGAGGUGCGACUAAGGGAAAAAAGGCGAAGCUGGCAAAAACUCACAGGACAGCAUGUACUGAGUUUGAGGCCUCGGCGGAAAGCCAAGAAAAUGCAUCUGUGAUUGUGGAAAUGGAAGGAGUAGUUCAUAUCCAUUUGACUGAGCGAGUUCGACCCUAUCUAGACCUCAUCGACUCCCUCCGUGUAAUGGGCAUCGAUGAGGAUCUACCCUUGCCUGCCAUAGCUGUGAUUGGAGACCAGAGCUCAGGGAAGAGCUCCGUGUUGGAGGCGCUGUCUGGAGUAGCGCUCCCCAGAGGAAGAGGUAUUGUGACUCGAUGCCCGCUGAUGCUGAAGUUGAGAAAGCUGAAGGGAGGGUUACAGUGGAAGGCCAUCAUAUCCUACAGCGGCAUGCAGGAAGAGUUCACAGACUCUAGUCUAGUGGAGAAGUAUGUCAUUGAUGCCCAGAAUGAGCUGGCUGGAGACGGUGAUGAGAUCUGUGACGAGCUGAUCAGUCUGGAGAUCAUGUCUCCUGAAGUGUGUGACCUCACUCUGAUUGAUUUACCCGGCAUAGCCCGGGUGCCUGUUAAAGGCCAGCCUGAGGACAUUGGAGACCAGAUUAAAAGGCUCAUUCUCAGCUUUAUUGAGAAGAGUGAAACCAUCAACUUGGUGGUGGUUCCAUGUAAUGUUGACAUAGCAACAACUGAAGCUCUUAGAAUGGCCCAGGAAGUAGAUCCAGAAGGAAAAAGAACUUUGGCCAUUCUGACUAAGCCUGACCUUGUAGAUCGUGGCACAGAAAAGGACGUUUUGGAUAUUGUUAAUAAUCAAGUCAUUCCACUGAGCAAAGGCUACAUAGUUGUGAAAUGCCGUGGUCAGCAGCAAAUUCAGGACAAGACACCUCUAGCAGAGGCCACCAGGAUGGAGAGAGAUUUCUUUAGCCAACACAAGUACUUCAGCCAUCUUUUCAAUGAAGGAAAGGCCACAACACAGAGCCUUGCCAUGAAACUGACCCAAGAACUGGUAGGCCACAUCAAAAACUUUCUUCCAACACUAUCAGAACAUAUUAAAAUUGAGCUGUUGGAGACAAGGAAGCAACUGGGGCAGUGUACGGAGGGUCCUCCCACAGAUCCCUCAGAGAGGAAAACCUACCUCAUUGCUACCAUAAACCAGUUCAACGACAAGAUAAACCAGUUGUCAUCUGGUGAAGGUGUCAAUGAUGGCAACCUGUUUGUGCUCCUGCGGCACCAUUAUAAAAAGUGGAAAGAUGAACUUGAGAAGAGCCAAACCUCAUAUUCUAAAGAGAUAAUCAAUGUGGUGGAACAGUAUGACGAGAAGCACAGAGGAAGAGAGCUCCCUGGUUUCAGCAACUACAAAGUGUUUGAGGUGGUCGUACAGAAACUGGUGAUGAAACUAUUGGACCCUGCAUUGCACACUUUGAGAGCCAUCAGAGGAGCAAUUGAUAAGUACUUUGGUGAUGCUUUAAACACUUGUUUCUCAAACUACCCGUUCCUCCAGUGUGUCACAAUGAACAAGAUAGACAAAAUCCAGUCGAAACAGGAGGUCAGAGUGGAGAAAAGAAUCCGGGAACAGUUCAAGAUGGAGCAGCUGGUCUACACGCAGGACAGAACAUAUUCCAAAACCCUGAGAGGUGCAGAUCCUGCGAAGGCCUUCAGUCCCUGUGGAGAUGCAUCUGAGGAUAGCAGUCAGGAGCCUUUCUUUGAUUCCUCUUCUGUGUUUCCUCGAUAUGAUAGCAAGGCCCAGUACCCUGCAAUGCUUGAGGCAUACUAUGAG